AUGACCAAUCUAGCACCUAUCCAACAAAGUCAGUUUGAAUUCCCAUUCGCUAAAAGGUGGUCUUCACUUGGAAUGAAUUAUGACAAUUGUCCCCACUUCAGUAUAACGCAGUACCGAAAUCUUAUUGAUCACUUGGCGCAAGAAGAUUUCAUUUGGCGGCCGUAUCUUGGUCUAGAAGCAUUUCAUCAAGUUGAACAACAAGAGUCUGCGGUGUGGAGGGCAAAGGUGCCCAUUAUCAACUUCACCACCGUCGAAAUGCACAACAGUGAUCGUGUGAAACUUCAAUUUGGAAUGCUUCAAGAUAUUCCAUGUCCCCCAAAGUGCAUACCCGACAAAUAUCACAACGGUAAAGUCUCCGACUAA